CGAACUCGUCAGACCAACCGCUGCCCCUGAGGCCAGAUUGAGCCUCAUGGGCAGCACUACAGGCCGCAUACAAGCCGCCGAUUAGAGGACUACGCCGCAGAGUGAAGUGCAGCGCGGCAAAACUGCGCCCGGCCGUGCGCUGCCGCUCCCUCAUCCCCACUCCCACCGCCGCGCCUGCUCGCACUGCCGCCCUCGCCCUCGCACUGCGCCCGCAAAGCGCACGCCAACCAUGCCCUCCUCCGCGCCCGUGUCCCAGCUCGACGAGCCGGCGCCAGCUCCGGCGCCGGCCGACGCAGCCGCCGACGCCGACGACUCGCAGACGCAGGACGUGCCCGACGCCUCGGCCGGCGCCGUCGACGACCUGCUGCCCGCACAGCAGCAGCAGCACCUGGCCGUGCCCGGCGGCGGCGAGUGGCACGAGACGGGCGCCAGCUACCGCUCUGCCACCGCCUCGUCGCCCGUCAAGCCCGGCGCGGCAGAUGCCAAGGCCGGCGCGUCGUCCAGCAAGCGGCUGACGGCCGCCGACGAGCGCGACGAGCUCGGAGAGUCGUACCUCGCAGAGCACGACACUGCGCAAGCUGAGCAAGCCGAAGAUGCUGCGCCAGCUGAAGAAGACGGCGACGCUGCAUCAGGCGACGAAGCCGACGACGCCGCGCCAGCCGAGGCGAGCGACGAGGCCGCACCCUCGUCCGCUGGCGCGCCGGCCGUGCUCCACCUCUCACAGAUGGACGCGCCGCCAGCGGGCGCGACCCGUCAGGGCAAGAAGCCCGUCAAGGCCGCGUCUCUUCCGGCCGGCAAGGCGCCCAAGACUCGAGGCAAAGGUACGGCACCUGAACUCAGGUACGAGCGCGAGUACUACCACCCCGAGCCGGCGGGAGAAGGCUCGUCGCCCGCCAAGACGCAGAAGCGCGCCACAGCUUCGCCCUCGUCAUCGGCCGCAAAGGAGGAGGCGGAGAAGGCCAGCGCGAAGAAGCGCGGCGCGAAGAAGGGUGGCGGCGUCGCGGCAGGCAAGGGAAAGGGCAAGUCCAGCAAGCAGGCCGAUGAAGAGCAGUCCGAUGAGGAAGAGGAAGAGCCGCCGGCAAAGAAGCGCGGCGCGAACAAGAGUGGCGGCGCAGCACGCAAGGGCAAGGCCAGCAAGGAGAUGUCCGACGAAGAGGAGUCGGAAGAGGCAGAGGAAGAGCCGCCGCUCAGUCAGCACAGCAAGAGGAAGAGCAGCGGCAUCAAGGCUACUUACGCCGUCCACGACGAGCCGGAAGAGCAGGAUGCGUCGCAGGAGAGCACCGGCGGUGCCUCGCCGAAGAAGAAGCAGCGCCAGAGCGUUGCGAAAGCGCCGGCUGCAAAGAGCAAGGCGGCCUCAACGAGCAAAGCCUCUUCGAGCAAGGCCUCUUCGAGCAAAGCCUCUUCGAGCAAGGCCUCGACGAGCAAGGCAUCCCCUGCGAAGGGCAAGUCGUCGGGCUCUUCGCGCCAGCGCGAGCCGACCGUUGGCGACGACAGCCGCGACGAGCCCAACGUCAAGAAGCGCAAGCGGGCCGGUGCGCAGGCGUCGGACGACGACCUCAACUAUCCGGACGACGAGCAGAUGGAAGACGCAGAGGAGGGAGAGGAGCUGGAGGACGACGGCGAUGAUCGUGACGAGUCGCUUGACUUUGACGAUGUGAUGGCCGUGGCUGCCUUGGUGUGCGAGCUCGUGCGCCCGGCACCGUCGUGCCCUUCGACGCUGGCACGCAACUGCUUGCGCGCCUUCAACGAGAUCCGCGACGACGACGUCAAGCUUGAGGCACACCUGAGCGAGAUGGCGCAGACGAUCGCUCGAGCGCUCGGCCACGCGCUUUGCGUCUUUCUCGUGCCUCUUGACCUCAAGGUGCAGCUGCGCGAGCCGGCGCAGAAGGAGCUCGAGGUGUUGCUUCGGACCGGUGACUGGUCUCUGGAGUCGCUGCCGAUCGUCAAGGGCAAGGACUGCAAGGACCAGGCGAAUGCUGCGCGUAUCGCCGCCAGCAUCGUUCUGCGUCUCACCGUCUCGGCCGUUGCAUUCGGCGCAUGCUCCAUCAAGGAGCGCAGGUACGGCUCGAUCCUCGACGAGGAGGCACAGACCAUUUGGCAGUACCAUCGCUUCACCAUCCAUCCGCGCAAGAAGAGCAGCUUCAGCCGCUUCGUCGUCAAGCACCUUGACGACGGCGACACGGAGCUGAGCCAAGACGAUGAUGACGACGAUCGCAAGCCUACGCUGCUCAGCACGCCGCCGCUCGACUCGACGCUCAAGCACCACGCAACGUGGUCCGCCAACCUUGCCUCCUUCUGCCGCGUCUUUGGCCUGCCGGCGCCGACGCCGCCCGGCGAGGCGACCGACUCGGCCACCGUCGAGCUGCUGGAGCAGUGGGGCUCGCCGCGCGGCAGCGCCAUGAUGGGCAUCGGCAUGGACGAGGAGGACGAUGCGGCGCUGGCAGCGCAUCUCGAGGAGAAGCGCGAGCUCGACGCGGAGCGCCUGAAGUUCUUCAAGCGCCACGCCCAGCAGGAGGAGCCGGUGCGCUUCCUGCUGUCGGACGGCAAGGAGGCGCUGGGCUCGCCGCAAGCCGAGGCGUAGAGAGGCGUCCGCCGGCGCCAGGGGCACGAGUGGCGCUCGAGAGUGAACCCAUCCGCGCGCGGCUCAACGGUCUUCCACACACAUCAGUCACCUGUACCCUACGUCACGCAGCAUCACGACUUGGCAGCCUGCGCGGGAGUGGCGACGUGGCUGACGGGAGCGGGAAGCGGAGCCUGCGGCAAAGCGGUGCAGAGACAGAGACGGCGGCCAGGGUGCAGAGCGGCAGGCGCCGGAUCCGCACCGGACGCGCCGG